GAAGAGAGCUUGAGCCACAGUCAUGUGUCAGAGGUUUCCAAAUUGUGGCUGGUGGAGAAGGGGCCUUCCAAGAUCUGGUCAGGCCAAAACCGGGAACAAGUUGAGGUACGUACCUGCCGACAUCCCACCAGGACCCGCAUGACGCUAGUCCCGUUAAGUAGGAGCAACGAAGCUUGGAGCUGCCUUGCGAUUGCCCAUCGUCAGGACAGCUCCAGCCUCGUGUCUCGUCGACUUCAGUUAAACAAACAACGAACAACUUCUCGCCGAAUCUCGUCUUCACCUACAGAGUUCUUCCAUAGACUUACAAAUCGUAUACCACCAUCUCGAUAAGUAGCAUUUGGCACCAUGUUCAGGAACAACUACGACAACGACUCGGUCACAUUCUCUCCACAAGGGAGAAUAUUCCAGGUCGAAUAUGCCGCCGAGGCCGUGAAGCAAGGUUCAGUGGUCGUUGGUAUAGUUAGCAAGACACAUGCCGUGCUAGUCGCCAUCAAGAGAAACGCCGAAGAGCUGUCCUCGUAUCAAAAGAAGUUAUUCGCCGUGGAUGAACACGUCGGUCUUGCCAUCGCAGGUCUUACAUCCGAUGCCCGCGUUCUAUCCAACUUCAUGAAGCAGCAAUGCCUCUCACAGCGACUCACAUACGACCGCGCGAUGCCCCUCGAGACACUAGUGUCCCUCAUCGGCGACAAGGCCCAGCUGAACACACAACACUACGGCAAGCGGCCGUACGGUGUUGGCCUGCUCGUGGCCGGCGUGGACGACAGCGGCCCCCACCUCUUCGAGUUCCAGCCCUCCGGCCUGACACAGGAGAUGCUGGCGUGCGCCAUCGGCGCCCGCUCGCAGAUGGCGCGCACAUACCUCGAGAAGAACCUGGACAAAUUCGCCGACUGCGGCCGCGACGAGCUCAUCCGUCACGGUCUGAGGGCCCUCAAGGAGACGCUGGUCCAGGACCGCGAGCUCACGGUGGAGAACACGAGCGUGGGCGUCGUGGGUCCCAAGGAGCCCGGCAAGCGGCCCCUAGAGCCCUUCAAGGUGCACGAUGGCGCCGAGACCAAGGACUGGAUCAACAGUAUAGCGGAUGACACCGAGGCCGGCGGCGACGGCAUGCAGGUGGAUGAGUAAAUGACGUAUGACGGACGAUACAUUGGGAUAUAUUUCCCCGUGCAGCUGAGCUUCCUCCUCUGUCUGAAGAAGGAUCGAAUGAAUGGAAGUUUUUGGGAACUCCGAAAUCCCAAGUGGACGAAACAUGAGACUGCUAGGAGCGCUCUAGAUCCGAGAAUGAAUGCAUACAAGCGAUGUGCGGAAAAGUUUACACAUCACAUCACAUCACAUCAGUCAGGCAGGCAGGCAGGCGAAGAUGGCUGUACAAUAUCUAGAUACUACUACUACUUAGAUAUUCACAAGAACCGAAAUCAAAGUGAAUACGGUAUAUUGUGACUU